AUGCCACAAAGGAAUAUUUUCCGGCAUUGGAUUAUAUUUUUACUUCAUGCAUCUCGGUUAUGGAGUCUUGCAGCAGCACAGGUUGCGUAUUCUGUUACGGAGGAAUCGAGCCCCGGUACCACUGUCGGUAAUUUGGCGAAGGACUUGCAUCUGAAUGUACAAGAAUUGGAGACUCGCGGUUUUAAGAUUUCAGGACCUAAUACGAGAUAUUUCGAAGCAAGUGUUAAGACUGGGAUACUUUUGGUGAAAGACAGAAUAGACCGAGAGGAGCUCUGCUCUCGUCAUGUGAAAUGUUCUCUGGAAGUGGAAGCCAGUGUGAACUCACCACUGAAUCUCUAUCGCUUUGAGGUUAAAAUUGUGGAUAUUAACGACAACGUACCCUCUUUUCGGAUACCGGGAAUUGUUUUGAACGUGUCAGAGUCAGCUUUUCCUGGUGAAAGCUUUUCACUGGCAAAGGCCUACGAUGCAGAUGUCGGCAGUUAUUCGGUCAGAGGCUACAAGCUGAGUCAAAAUGAACAUUUCACCCUGGAUAUACAGAAUGGCGGAGAGCCGACUAUGUCUGCUGAUAUGGUGCUGCAGAAAGCCUUAGACCGCGAGAAACAGCCCGUUAUCAAACUGACACUGACCGCUCUCGAUGGAGGGAAACCUCCUAAAUUAGGCACAUUACAUAUCACCGUUAAUGUGCAAGAUGUAAAUGAUAAUAUUCCAAUAUUUGACAAGCCGUUGUAUAAAGCCACGGUGCUGGAGAACACACCGCACGGUGCCACCGUGAUUUAUGUCCAUGCUCAGGAUUUAGAUGAGGGUCUGAACGGAGAAAUAGUGUAUUCUUUUCUCAAUCACGACAGUGAUAAUGAUGUCGAUAAAUUUGCAAUUGAUCAAAUAACGGGAGAGAUUACGGUAAAUGGAGAAUUGGAUCACGAAAAAAGCAAUGCAGUUGAAAUCAGGGUUCAAGCGAAAGACAAAGGGGCAAAUCCCAGAGCAUCUCAUUGUAAAGUACUCGUUGAAAUCAGGGAUGUCAAUGACAAUCCACCAGAAAUAUCAGUAACAUCCUUAGUCAACGUGGUGAGGGAAGAUGCACCGCGAGACACAAUGGUUGGGCUUAUAACAGUGAGAGAUAUCGACGCAGAUAAAAAUGGCGUUGUUCGGGUUAGAAUAGUUGAUUCAGUGCCUUUUUCAAUUAAGAACACGUAUAAAAAUCAUUAUUCUUUAGUCGUAGACGGAACUCUAGACAGAGAACACGCUUCUCAAUAUAAUGUAACAAUAGCAGCAACUGACGAAGGGGUUCCGCCUCUUUCCAGCACAAGCGUUAUUACAGUCCACGUGUCUGAUGUCAAUGACAACGCACCUCGUUUUAAGGAGCCCGUGAUAAACAUUUUCGUCAAAGAGAACAGUCUCGUGGGCGCUGUUAUCUAUACCAUGACUGCAGAUGAUCCGGACGUAGACGAAAAUGCAAAAGUAACGUUUUCAGUAAUUAAUAAAAACCUGAAAAACAAUAUAAUAGGGUCAGUAAUAAACGUCAACUCAGAGACCGGAGACAUAGUCAGUCUGCAGUCUUUUAACUACGAGGAGUUAAAAACCUUUCAGUUCAAAGUUCAGGCCACAGACUCUGGUGUUCCUCCGCUCAGCAGCAACGUGACUGUGAACGUUUUAGUCCUGGAUGAGAACGACAACAGUCCCACGAUCCUCGCGCCCUAUUCUGAGCACGGCUCCGUUAACAGUGAGAGCAUCCCCUAUUCUGCUGAAGCGGGAUACUUUGUGGCAAAGAUCAGGGCUGUAGACGCAGACUCUGGAUACAAUGCGCUGCUUUCUUACCACCUGUCUGAGCCCAAAGGAAACAACCUCUUCCGGAUCGGAACCAGCACCGGAGAGAUCAGGACUAAGAGGAGAAUGAGUGACAACGACCUGAAAGCUCACCCCUUGGUGGUGUUGGUUUCUGAUAACGGAGAACCCUCCCUGUCAGCUACUGUGUCUAUUGACGUGGUGGUGGUUGAAAGCACAGCUGACAUCCAGACUCAGUUCAGACAUGUGCCCCUAAAGGAGGACAGCUUCUCGGACUUAAACCUGUAUCUGCUGAUCGGCAUCGUGUCGGUGUCCGUGAUCUUUCUGCUGAGUCUCAUCAGUUUAAUAGCUGUCAAAUGCCACAGGACCGACGGCAGCUUCAGCAGGUACAGCGCCCCAAUGAUCACCACCCACCCUGACGGGAGCUGGUCUUACUCCAAAUCUACUCAGCAGUAUGACGUGUGUUUCAGCUCAGACACGCUGAAGAGUGACGUAGUGGUUUUCCCACCCCAGUUUCCUCCUAUAGAUGGUGAACUGAUCAGUAUUAACGAAGGAGAUACUUAUACCAGAACACAGACUUUACCCAAUAAUGACAAGGUGAGUUUUUUGCAGCCUUUUAAUCUUCUCUCCUUGCUUUCACAUACAUGA